AUGUUGCCCUCGGUGGCAUCUUUCCCGUCGGUACAACCGCAUCACCACUUCCCACCCUUCUACACCGCCGACACCGCUACUCCACCUUACGACUCUAAUUCCACGUCCUUUGCUCCGUCACUUCCUCGCGGUGAUAUCAAUAGGGAUCACUCCCAGUUGCUCUCGCGGACCCGAUUACAGUACCCGCAUCCUGUUCAACGUUUUGGACUUCAUGAUACCGCCAGUCCGCAACCCAGUCCCAAACAUGCCGCUGAACAUGCGCUUAGGAGGAAGACACCGAAUGGAACCUUAGCAGCGGGCUACGAUGGAACCCCCGGAGAUACUACGAUUCAGCCGCCGGCUACGAAACACAUACUAGUCUCACCUCUGGAUUCUGGUCACCUUGUCCCUCCUCAGGCGGGGUUUCUUUCGGACAACUGGCAACAAGUGUCGCUCGACCAGUCCUCAGCAGCUAAACACAUGGUUUUCCCUCCUAUUUUCAAAAACGAUGCGAGCCGGGGCAAUGUAGGACCGGGAGACAUGGUAACGGAUGUCAAUGGAACGGGCUGGGUUCGCUCUCUGAAUUAUGUGCCUGGGGCUGACUCAAUGCUCAAUCAAUCGCUACCCAUGCAAUCAGCGCAGCAGAGAUUCUACGUGCAGAAUGGGGCUUAUGUGCCUACUGUCUUGCCAGCAACGCUCCAGCCUUGUCUCGGCCCGACAGCGUCGGCGGGUAGCGGCCCGUAUGGCCCCUACUGGCCUGACGGUGUCUACAUUCCAUACCGUCCAGCGGCAUUUCGAGAUACGCGCUUCAACCAUUUGAACCAGACCGGCCUCCCCUUUUUCGAUGCCGCAGAGCAGUCAUUCAAUAACGCAAAUACGGCCCUCCCAGGCAGCAAUGGUGAGGCGGGCGGUUGGAACACCGCACCUCCAGGGAUUCUCAGCCACGGUACCGCAGUGAAAGGCAACUUCCCUCCCCGUCAUUCCGAACAGAAAUCUCUGGAUUCUUCUCUGAACCACCGCGUUCUCCCGUUGCACAUCCGUACUAAUCCUAGCACUGGGUUUUCAACAAAUCAGCAAGGCGGAGAAUCCUUCUCCUUGCUGCCUGGGUCCAACGGGCCGGGGUUGCCCAGCUCUUUCACAACUGCUCACUCACGCGCUGCAAAUGUUGAAUUUAAGGAGAAGAUACUAUCGUGGGCGCAUGGUGUAUAUGUUGAUCUCCUCGCGUCCAUCCAUCAAGCUCGUCGAAACAGCAUCUCCCAGGCCGGCAGCGGCGGGCAGCCCCUGCGCUUGAAACCAAGCAUAUAUCCCAAACCUCCACGACAGCCAGGCUUGGAUUUUUCUCAGUCGAAUAGUCCUGAAAUCCAUCGCCAUAAUAGCUACCCCUCAAGCCAAUAUGAUGGGCGCCAUCAGAAGACUAAUAUUCUUGGGUAUUCAAGGCCAGUGGACACCACGGCUACUUUCCAGCAUAAUCGCCGUCCUUCUAUGAGCCACUUUCAACAGUACGCAACGUCAGAUUCACAAAUGCUGGACAGAUUGCGGCAUACUGGCAGAGUUGCAGUUCCAGGACCGGCUCCCCGUUUCUCCUUUUCUGCAACAGGGGAGAAAUCGACCACAGCAAAUGCCAUGUCCGCCCUCGAAAUGCUCUCGCAUCUCUGCAUGGAGAGUGGUUGGGAGUGGAUUGAUGGGAUGCUGCUUGGCGGCUGUCUUGCCUAUGGACUUGGCGACUAUCACAAAGCUAUGAGGUGGUAUUCCAGGAUUAUCGCGAGGGACGCAACGCAUGUGGAGGCGAUAUCAAAUCUCGCAGCAACGCUGCUUGCGCUUGAUCGUCGGGAGGAGGCGCUACAACAUUGGCUUCGUGCUGUGAAGCUCCGUCCCAGUUUCUUCGAGGCUGUGGAGCAUCUCAUCGGUCUCCUUUGUAGCAGCCAUCGUGGUAAAGAAGCAGUGAACAUCAUCGAUUAUGUGCAGAAUUCCCUACGCUUCCCCAAGAAUGGCGAUUGUUUUACCACGGAUGAACAUGCGAGCGAAACGGAGAGUGAUGCGGAUAGCGGCGCUUCAAGUGUUGGAUCUUAUGAGAAGGCAUCGUUCGACUACGACGAUGACUUCGGCCGCUCGCUGAUCGGUGACCGGAAGCCAUCUGAAGCUAGCGCAGUUGGCUUUGGCUCCAGCGGCUACGCUAUACCAGGUUGUGACAAUGGCAGAAUGCUUGCACUCGUUCAUGCGAAGGGCAACAUGCUCUACGCAUUGGGCGAUAAUGCUGGUGCCGCGGCGGCCUUUGAGGAUGCUGUCUUGAUUGCGGCAGGGAGACGACGCCAUGGCAUUCAAAGUCUGAUUAAACAGAUAUAUACCGCCUUCUCCCAGGGUUCUCAUCAGGCUUACUCGCCCUUGAACUCUCACGAGAGCCAGGAGACCAUUCUUCUUUAUCCUGAUAAGGCCUUACAGACUUCGAAGCUAGUCUUUGCACCUUGCGGAACUCCCCCCGGGAUCAAGUCUGUGGCCGAAGGCCUCGCAAGAAAAGCGGCCUUGUCGACCACGAGCAACUCACUGCUUUCCUUGGCAAAGAUCUAUCAGGACGGCAUGUCCAAUAUUUCCGGUUCGGGCAUUCCUAAGAAAUCUCCUGGAGUUCGAGACAUCUUGGCACUCUAUUACCUCUCCCUGUCCCUCCAACCGAGUCCCUCGACUGCCAACAACGUUGGAAUCUUGCUUGCUGGAAUCCAGAACAAUGCCGCCGGCAAGGGCCUCCCUCGUUCUAGCGGGGAAGCACAACACCCUGAGGUUCCUGGAGUGGUCCCCGGAAGUGGGAUUUCAUUAGCACUAGCGUAUUACAAUUACGGAUUGCAUCUCGAUUCGCGGCACGCGCAUCUUUAUACCAAUCUGGGUAGCCUGCUUAAAGACAUCGGGCAGCUCCAGGCCGCCAUCCGGAUGUACGAGCAAGCGGUUCACUGUGAUGGUAACUUUGAUAUUGCCUUGGCCAAUCUGGCAAAUGCCGUCAAAGAUGCAGGUCGAGUCAACGAUGCGAUUGCCUACUACAAGCGUGCCGUCAAAGUGAACCCUGAAUUCGCGGAAGCAGUAUGCGGACUGGCAAAUGCCUUGAACUCCGUCUGCAACUGGGUCGGACGUGGAGGCAUUGCCAAUGGGUAUGGUUUCCGCGACCGAUGGCAUGUCACUGAGCAAGGAAUGCUCCGUGAUGCAUCCACUAGCGAGACCGGUACUGGCUGGAUACAGCGCGUCGUUGAUAUCGUCAAUCGACAGCUCAAGGAGGGGGAGUCGUGGGGUCGUGGUCUACUGUCGCCUAACACGGUAGAGCAACUCUGCAUCCAGAUCGCCCCGGCCUUGGAGAGUCGCCGCUCGGCCUCUGGGUCUUUGGCCGCCAUACUGCAGUCUUGGGCUGGACAAAGGUGGGAGGGCUCGCGGAUCGUCAAAUUGAUCGAGCGUGCAAAUCGUUCGAUCACCUGGCAGUGGUACCAGGACCGCUAUAUCUACGGCAAAGAAUACCCGCUAACCAAAUAUCAACGGCCGCAACUCCCACCGGGGCUCGCAGCGCCCAAUGCGCCAACGGUUCUUCCCUUUCACACAUUCACCUGUCCGCUUUCUGCGAAGCAAAUCCGUCAGAUUUCUCAAAGGAAUGGACUUCGAAUCUCGUGCUCGACCCUACGUUCUCCGUGGCUACCAGUUACAGUUUAUCCACCACCGCCGCCUCCAAAUCCCUAUCUGAAGGUUGGGUAUGUGUCGUCGGACUUCAAUAAUCACCCCCUAGCGCAUUUGAUGCAGUCUGUCUUUGGGUUGCACAACCCGUCCAGAGUUAAGGCAUACUGCUACGCAACCACUGCAAGCGACAAAUCCGUGCAUCGUCAGCAGAUCGAGAAGGAAGCACCCGUGUUCCACGACGCCAGCUGUUGGCCCGUCGAGAGACUUGUGAAGCAGAUUGUUGACGACGGGAUUCACAUCCUUAUCAAUCUCAACGGCUACACACGGGGAGCACGCAACGAGGUGUUUGCUGCACGACCUGCCCCAAUUCAUAUGUCUUUCAUGGGUUUUGCAGGGACACUGGGCGCCGAGUGGUGUGAUUAUAUUCUUGCAGAUGAGAUCUCCAUUCCUGUCGAUACGCUUGGCCCAGGAAGGCGUAACGCUCGCAUUGAGGAUCGACUCUUGGAGCAGGAUUACGGCGAGGAGCUCGAGGACUGGGUGUAUGGCGAGAAGAUUGUCUAUACUCGCGAUACAUUCUUCUGCUGCGAUCAUCGGCAAAGCGCUCCCGACGCGAAAGAUGCGCUCAUCACCUGGGAACAGGAGCAGGAGCGGCGAUGGCGAAUGCGGAAGGAACUGUUCCCAAAUCUCAGCGAUGACACGAUCAUCCUCGGCAAUUUCAACCAACUGUACAAGAUUGAGCCAACAACGUUCCGUACAUGGCUUCGUAUAUUGGGGCGCAUUCCCAACGCCGUUCUGUGGCUGCUUCGCUUCCCGGACCUGGGUGAACAGAACCUCCGGGAGACAGCCAUCGCGUGGGCUGGGCGGGAGACAGCAUCCCGGAUUAUUUUUACGGAUGUUGCUCCGAAGAACGCUCACAUCGCUCGGGCGAAGAUCCUGGACCUGUUCCUAGACACGCCGGAGUGUAAUGCGCACACGACUGCGACGGACGUGUUGUGGAGUGGCACACCACUGCUCACAUAUCCCCGCUACAAGUACAAAAUGUGUUCUCGGAUGGCGAGCAGCAUCCUUAGCAGCGCGCUGCCGGACUCUGACGCUGGCCGCCAGGCCCGUGAUGAGUUGACGGCAGUAUCCGACGAAGACUACGAGGACAAGGCCAUCCGCCUUUGUCUCAGUCUCCAGUACACACCAGGGUGUGGCGGUCGAGCGCGAGGCCGGCUAUUCGACCUCCGCCGGAUGCUGUUUGAGGAGAGAAUGGGGAGCCGUCUUUUUGAUACCAAACGCUGGGUUCGUGAUUUAGAGAAUGCUUAUGAUCAAGUCUGGAAACGAUGGGUAAAUGGCGAAGAAGGUGAUAUCUGGUUAUGA